UUCUCCCCUCCCUCCCGUCUCCGGAUCUCCCUCGCUCCCUCUCUCCUCCUCUUCCUCUCUCCGGACACCGGGCUCUCCUGCACACCCUCCCCUGGGGCCCAGCGGCGCCACUCCACAGCCUCACCCCAAGGCGACUAUGGCCACCAUCCCAGACUGGAAGCUCCAGCUGCUAGCCCGGCGCCGGCAGGAGGAGGCAGCCAUGCGUGGCCGGGAGAAGGCUGAGCAAGAGCGCCUAUCCCAGAUGCCAGCCUGGAAGCGGGGGCUCCUGGAGCGCCGCCGGGCCAAGCUUGGGCUGUCCCUUGGGGAGCCUAGCCCUGUGCCCUGGACUGCGGAGGCUGGACCUCCAGACGCAGACGAGUCUGCUGUCCUCCUGGAGGCCAUCGGACCAGUGCACCAGAACCGAUUCAUCCGGCAGGAGCGACAGCAGCAGCAACAGCAGCAGCGGAGUGAAGAGCUGCUUGCUGAGAGAAGGCCCGGGCUGCUUGAGGCUCGGGAGCCAAGACCCAGCCCUGGGGAGACUCGGGAUCAGAGCCCCAAGGGACGAGAGUCAAGAGAAGAGAGGCUCAGCCCUAGGGAGGCCAGAGAGAAGAUGCUGGGGACACGGGGAGCCCGAGAGUCUAGCCCCAGACCUUUAGAGGCUCAGGACUGGAGGCCAAGUCCAAGAGAGAUGGGAGAUAGGAACUCCCGACAGUCAGAGGCACGGAAAUGGAGACUGAGCCCUGGAGAGACUCCAGAGAGGAGUCUAAGACUGGCAGAGCCUCAAGAACAAAGCCCCAGGAGGAAAGAGGUGGUGGAAAGUAGACUGAGCCCAGGGGAGUCUGGCAGCCAGCAGCUGGGCCUGACAGAGGCCCAUAAAUGGAGGCCUGACUGCGGAGAGUCUCAGGAACAGAGUUCGGUACAACUAGAGGCAUCACAGUGGAGGCCGAGCUCAGGAGAGGAAAGCAAAGACUUCUCGGGAGAAUGUGGGAAAAAAGAAGACAGGCCAAUUCCAGGGAUGGUCCCAGAAGAGAUUACAGGGCUAUCAGAGACCCUAACAAGGGAGGCUCGAGACAGCAGCCCCGGAGGAGUGGAGGCAGCAGAGCAGAGGCCUGGCCUAGUGGAGGACGGUGAGAGGGGCUUGAGGCUGACAGAAGGGUGGAAGUGGACCCUGAACUCCGGGAAGGUUCAAGAAUGGACACCCAGAGACACAGAGACACAAACUCAGAAACCAGAACCUUCAGAGUCCGCUGAGAAGCGCCUGGGGCCUCCUGGGGUAGAGCCUGGAGAAGGGGAGGCUGAGGAGGAGGAGACAGGGGCUCUGGGCAGGCCUCUGAGCAUCCUGCAGAACCGCUGCUCUGUGCCCUCCCCCCUCCCACCAGAGGAUGCUGGGACUGGAGGCCCUCGACAGCAGGAAGAGGAAGCAGUAGAACUCCGGCCCCCGCCACCAGCCCCUCUGUCUCCCCCACCCCUAGCCCCACCUGUCCCCCAGCCCCCUGGGGAUCCCCUCAUGAGCCGUCUGUUCUAUGGGGUAAAGGCAGGGCCAGGGGUGGGGGGCCCCCGCCGCAGUGGACACACCUUCACAGUCAACCCCCGGCGGUCUGUGCCCCCUGCAACCCCGGCCACUCCUGCAGCCCCUUCCACAGCUGAUGCUGCAGUCCUUGGGACCGGGAAGAAGCGGUACCCGACUGCCGAGGAGAUCUUGGUUCUAGGGGGCUACCUCCGCCUCAGCCGCAGCUGCCUUGUCAAGGGGUCCCCGGAAAGGCAACACAAACAGUUAAAGAUCUCCUUCAGCGAGACGGCCCUGGAGACGACGUACCAGUACCCCUCCGAGAGUUCGGUGCUGGAAGAGCUGGGCCCAGAGCCGGAGAUCCCCAGUGCCCCUGGACCCGCAGCAGCCCAGCCCGACGAAGACGAGGAUGAGGAGGAGCUGCUGCUUCUGCAGCGGGAGCUCCAGGGCGGGCUGCGCACCAAGGCCCUAAUAGUGGAUGAGUCCUGCCGGAGGUGACCCUCCCCCACACAGGAAAGAUAUAUUGCCCUCCUUCCCAGAACUGAAGAUCCUGGAGCCUAGAAGAUCUUGGGCAGACAGACCCUGAAAAUGAGCGUGGCAGGGAAGAACAACCAA